AUGUUGUUAUUUGUGUUGCUAUUGUUCCCUGGCUCGUCCGCCACGACAAAGACAGUUUAUAAAGUGGGGGUGCUGAUGGCGUCUCGCCUGGAUUCUCCUUUUGAUCUGGAGCGCUGCGGGCCGGCGGUGGACCUGGCUUUGGAUAAGGUCAAUGAGAAGUUCCUGGCGCACCAUGGGGUUGAGUUGCAGAAGGUGCAAGGCAGCUACCCGUCCUGCUCUGGCGCAUUAGCUCCGGGAAUAGCAGCGGACAUGCACUUCAACGACCACGUUAUUGCAUUCAUCGGACCGGCGUGUGCGUUCGCUCUAGAGCCCGUGGCGAGACUCGCGGCGUAUUGGAAUACCCCUAUCAUUACAGGAAUGGGGGACCAGCCACCUUCAGAGGGCGAGCUGGCGGCGCCGGUCGGGGUGCUGAGCCGCAUGCAUCGUCUCAGAAACUUGAAGACGGGAACCAAGCCUCAAACCCUAUUCAACGACAAGGGCAAAUAUCCAACCCUUACCCGGAUGUCAUAUUGCCAGUGCCGCCUGCCUCGCGUCUUCACCAGCGUGUUCGACCGCUUCGGCUGGACGCACGUUGCAUUGCUGCUCGACAAGUCUGAUCUGUUCUCAUUGACUGUGGGUAAAAGCCUGGAAUGGGGUCUUCGCAAGGAGGGCGUGCUGAAGGCGGUUCGGGAGCUGGAUGGCAACGAGCAGGAGCGCCAGCGGGAGCUCUGCGAAGCCCUACUGCGGGAUGUCAGCAUGUACGCGAGAGUGGUGAUCCUGAGCGUGCGCGGGCCUCUGGUGCGCGAGUUCUUGCUCGCUGCGCACGCGCUGGGCAUGACACGGGGCGACUGGGCAUUCCUCGACGUGGAGAUAUUCCAGGGUGGCUACUGGGAUGAAACUGGCUGGGCAGCGGGAGACGACCGUGACGCAGCCGCGCGGGCCGCCUACGAAGCAUUACUACGAGUGUCAUUGAAGUUACCGACAGGCGACCGGUUCGACGAGUUCGCGGAUGCCGUCAGGGCGAGGGCCAGAAUGCACUAUAACUACAGCUUUUCGGACGGGGAGGAGGUGAACUUCUUCAUUGGAGCGUUCUACGACGGAGUGUACCUUCUUGGCAUGGCGCUGAACGAGACCUUGACCGAGGGCGGAGAUAUCCGGGACGGACAGAACAUCACCAACCGCAUGUGGGGCCGGGACUUUCUUGGUAUAACGGGCCACGUGCGAAUCGACGCGGUGGGAGACCGCGAUGCUGACUACGCCAUCUUGGAUUUGGAUCCUGUCACUGGGAAGUUUGAGGUGGUGGCGUUCUACUACGGCCUGAACAGCAGCUACAAGCCAGUGGCGGGCAAAGCCAUCCACUGGCCAGGUGGGCGCCGGGCUGCCCCGGCGGACACCCCUCGCUGCGGGUUCUUAGGGACUGACCCUAUGUGUCAAGGAGAGACACAAACAGUGAUCAUUUACUGCUUUGUCGGACUCGCCGUGUUCUUGAUACUGGCAGUCACUGCUGCGUGUGUUGCCUACAAACAGGCCCGUAUCGACGCUGAACUAAACAAUAUGGCGUGGCGUGUUCGACCUGAGGAGGUGCUGGUCGAAGUGGGCACCGGCUUGGGGUCCAGCCCAGCGCUGCACAGCGUCAAUGAGGUGCUCAAGGAGGUGCUGGUCGAAGUGGGCACCGGCUUGGGGUCCAGCCCAGCGCUGCACAGCGUCAAUGAGGUGCUCAAGGCCGGUAUGGACGCUGUACUGAACAACAUGGCGUGGCGUGUUCGACCCGAGGAGGUGCUGGUCGAAGUGGGCACCGGCUUGGGGACUAGCCCAGCGCUGCACAGCGUCAAUGAGGUGCUCAAGGCCGGUAUGGACGCUGUACUGAACAACAUGGCGUGGCGUGUUCGACCCGAGGAGGUGCUGGUCGAAGUGGGCACCGGCUUGGGGACCAGCCCAGCGCUGCACAGCGUCAAUGAGGUGCUCAAGCUUUCCCUAGGCUGGAGUACCCGCGGAGCAGUAGGAACGCCUGCCUUCACUCUGUCUGCGUUCACCGUGGGCCUGUACAAGGGCAACAGAGUCGCCGUCAAGAAGAUCCACAGGAAGAAGCUAGACCUCAACAAAAAGCUUAUGUGGGAGAUCAAACAGGCGAGGAACGUGUCGCAUGAGAACACGGCUCGCUUCAUCGGCGCGUGCGUCGACUGCCCGCUCGUGUUCGUACUGACAGAGUACUGCCCGAAGGGAUCCCUGAAAGAUGUCCUCUCCAACGAAGAAAUACAGCUGGACUGGAACUUUAGGACCUCGCUGGUUCAUGAUAUUGUUCAGGGCAUGUGCUAUCUCCACGGCGGUCUGGGCGCGCACGGCAAGCUCCGCUCCUCCAACUGUCUCAUCGAUGGACGCUUCGUGUUGAAGAUAUCCGACUACGGCCCCAACACGCUCUGCAUACCUACUGAUCUUAUCAAGGACGACACUUAUUAUUAUAAACUGCUUUGGACGGCUCCGGAGCUGGUCGCCGCAAGCGUUUACCCUGGAGCUGCAGCAUCUCUGAAGGGUGAUGUCUACAGCUUCGGUAUCAUCCUAGAGGAAAUCGUGCUACGCGCUGGCCCGUUCCACCAUUACACCACCGCUAUGACCAACAGAGAGAUAGUCUCGCGCGUAUGCGGGCGCGAGUCCCCUCCGUUCCGGCCUAUGGUCAUAGCCAACGAGGCGGGAGCGGGCCCUGGCGCAAACACUGCGUCAGAUUUGAUGGACUUGGCUGCGAGUUGCUGGGCCGAGGCGCCCGACGACAGGCCCACGUUUGAUUUCAUAAAUGCUAAUCAUAUCAAAAACGUAGGUGUUACGACUAAAACCGCUUUUAUUAGGGGCUACUGUGACAACCUGAUGGAUGACCUGCUGAGCCGAAUGGAGCAGUACGCCAACAACUUGGAGUCGCUCGUGGAAGAGAAGACGGAACAGUUGUCGUUGGAGAAACGGCGCUCCGAGGAAUUGCUGUACCAAGUAUUACCAAGGCCAGUGGCUCAGCAACUGAUGGCUGGCGAGGUGGUUCAGCCGGAGAGCUUCGAGUGCGUAACGGUCUACUUCAGCGACAUAGUCGGCUUCACCGAGCUGUGCGCUGCCUCCACCCCGAUGCAGGUGGUGGAUCUGCUCAACGAUCUGUACAGCACUUUCGACAGGAUCAUAUGCUUUUAUGACGUUUAUAAGGUGGAGACAAUAGGCGACGCGUACAUGGUGGUGUCCGGUCUGCCGGAACGCAAUGGCGACCAGCACGCCCGAGAAAUCUGUUUGAUGGCGCUUGCUAUAGUCGAGGCUGUCCGCGGAUUCGUUGUUCGACAUCGGCCUGCUCAUCGACUAGAGGUUCGGGUAGGCGUUCACUCCGGGCCUGUGUGCGCGGGAGUGGUGGGGGUGAAGAUGCCCCACUACUGUCUGUUCGGAGACACCGUCAACACGGCUAGCCGGAUGGAAUCCACUGGACAACCCCUGCGCAUCCACCUAAGUGAAAGCACACGCGCGCUGCUCGAUCAAUGGGGCACGUUUGUCGUCGAGCGUCGAGGCGAAGUAGAACUAAAAGGGCGAGGCCGAAUGCUAACCCAUUGGCUGCUGCAUUGCUCGGAACCAGAGGCCAGGCCGCUGGCCGCGGGGCCGCAGCCCCCACCGCAGUACCCAAUACUGUUCCCGGCGCUGCCGCAACCGACUAUAGCGCAGCAUAUCCCGUAUUUGGUGGUCGAUCCGCCGACGCUAGCCGCUUGAAGCGCUUGUACCGGUAACGUUCCUAAUGU